CGAAGGCUUUGGGAAAGCCUAAACACGAGAGUCAUACGUGGUCCAUGGGCAUUCGAGAAAUGCUUGAUUGGCCUUAGGGCAAGUGGGAGAUUGUUGUAUUUAGGUGCCCUAGCGGCAAUCAAAUACCUAUGUAACUGUACACUUUAUCAUGAAUGAAAGGCCUUGAAGGCAAGAUGCAAAGCACAACUAUAGUUAAAUAAAAUAUGGAUCUUGGCCCGCUAGGGUAUUCUUCAAAUAGAAACCCCAAGUCAAUAGGUUCCGUACCUGAGGGUAGUUGACUUGUUAGAAAUAGUGGGAGAGUAUUUAAUAAAGACCUAUUAGAUACUUAAUUCAUGAUAAUAACUAUCUUCGCAAAAUUCUAUAGAUGGCAAACAACAACACAAACAACCUCGCCCUGCGUUCCAUUCUGGAUAAAGAUAAAUUGAACGGAACAAACUUUGUUGACUGGCAACGCAAUCUCUGCAUUGUUCUCCGCAUGGAUGAGAAAGAGUAUGUUCUCGAAAAGCCCAUUCCUCCUGCCCCUCCCGCUAACGCCCCGAAAGCGGUCAAAGAUGCCUACGAGAAACACGUUAAGGAUGACAACCAGGUUAGCUGUGUCAUGCUGGCUACCAUGAUACCCGAGCUGCAAAAACAGAACGAGGACAUGAAGGCCCACGAGAUGAUCGUGGCCUUGCGGCAGCUAUACCAGGGGCAAUCCAGGCAUGAACGUUUUCUCGUGAAUAAGGCUCUCUUUAGUUGCAAGCUCUCUUCAGGGAACCCGGUCGGUCCACACGUUCUCAAAAUGAUUGGUUACAUAACCAAUCUGGAGAAACUCGGGUUCUCCUUGCAGAAGGAGCUGGCAACGGACCUGAUCCUGCAGUCGCUCCCUGAGCUGUAUAAGGGUUUUGUCAUGAACUACAUGAUGCAUGAUCUUGACAAACCCCUUCCGGAGCUUCUUAAAAGGCUCCAGACUGCAGAGGAGAACCUUACUAAGGGCAAGGGUGCUUCCGUCCUUAUGGUCCAAGGCGGAAAGGGGAAGCCGAAGAAAGGGAUUAAGAUUAAGGCUAGGACGGUCGGAAAGCCUAAAUCGAAGUCCACUUCAUCUACAACCCAGAAACCCAUAGGAGGAGUUGCAAAGGGCAAAUGUCAUCACUGUGGUAAGGCAGGCCACUGGAGAAGAAACUGCAAGACAUACCUCGCAACCAAGAAGAAGGAAGGUACGACCAUUUCUUCUGAGAUGUAUGUUAUAGAAGUUAACAUGUCUAUAUACCAUGCAGGGACUGAAGCAGAGUAGACGGUUAGCUCGAGGCGAGAUUGAACUCCGAGUCGGCAAUGGUGCACCUGUUGCAGCUUUGGCAAUCGGAACUUAUAGUUUAGUCUUUCCUAGUGGUCUAAUGUUGGAAUUAAACGAUUGCUUGUACGUUCCUGCAAUUAGCAGAAACAUUAUUUCUGUUUCAUGUCUUGAUAAGAGUGGUUUCAUCAUUCCUAUUAAAGACAAGUCCCUUUCCGUUUACAGAAAGAAUGUUUUCUAUGCUAAUGCCAACAUGACCAAUGGGUUAUAUAUCCUUGACUUGGACAUGCCUGUCUAUAACAUAUCAGCCAAGAGGAACAAACCGAACGAUUUGAACCAAACAUACCUAUGGCAUUGUAGGUUAGGCCAUAUAAACGAGAAACGCAUAUCCAAGCUACAUCGGUCGGGAAUGCUGGAGUCAUUUGAUCUUGAAUCAUAUGACACAUGCGAAUCUUGUUUAUUGGGUAAGAUGACCAAAUCUCCUUUCACCGGACACGGUGAAAGAGCUGGUGAUCUUCUGGCACUCAUUCAUAGUGAUGUGUGCGGGCCUUUCAAUACAACUGCACGAGGUGGUUAUUCAUACU